GCCAGCGAUUCGCGUUCGCGCCGCAUUUGAACUUCAAACGCGAGAAAAGUAGCACAGAGAAUGCCGAGAUACGCGGAUGCGUGACGCGGGCGCGAAAACAACAAAAUUUUGAUUAUGUAUUUGGUGUAGGCAAAUGGCCCGGCCAAAAAACAACUCGGUCCGAAUUCCCUCACCUGCCAACGAGAUCGCGACAAUGGAAUAUUCUGACUGAAAACAACGGAAAUUGGAUAAACAGACUUUAAAUAAAUAUCCAAGAACUUGAAGCCAUUUAAAAUGGCAAGGCUAGUGAAAUAUUUCUCCGUUCUUUACCUGUUAUUAAGUCUGCGUCAUGUCUACUGCGAGGACUAUGAGACCGCCACCACGAUGGCCACAACUACCACAAUCAUAUCGGUGCCCCUUUUCACGCCUGGCUGCCACGACUGGACCUCGGCCCCGGAGGCAGCGGGUGGCAACUGCUCCAGGGUGACACCAAACGGACUUCUCAAAUGCUACGGCGGGAUGAACAACCUGGCUGCCUUAUCCACCUCCGCCAAACUCUACCGACAGCAGCCAGCUGUGGAAAUGCUCCUCUGCGGUUGGCCUCAGGAUGUCUUUAAUCCCUUGAAGGAACUUCAAAAACUACCCCGCCUUCGAUCUCUCACCAUCGAGUAUAGUGGCUUCACGGAGUUCAAGUUUGAUUUCCCCGAGAUGACCCACCUCCAGACCAUAAACAUCUCGUGGACCAAUCUUUCGUACAUCUCCUCAAGGACUUUCAAGAGAGUGCAUCCGCUUAGGGUGUUGGAUCUGCGGUGGAACCAGCUCAUUCAGCUGGACGGACCACUAAUCUUGCCCCACAGCUUCGAGCAGCUCUAUUUGGCCGGCAAUCCCUGGAACUGCACCAGGAACUUCAAGUGGCUGUUGCUGCAGCCGGAGAAGGGGCGACUGGUGGUGGAUCGGGACGAACUCAUAUGCAUGGACCGCAAGUACAAGGAGCGCCAGAUGCUAUUGGUCAUGCACUACAAACUGGAGCUGAAGAAGCAAUGCCAGUCACACGAAGAUCUGAAGAACUGCACUUGCCUGAUGCACCACAUCUUGCCAAAGACCCAUGUUCCUCUUUACACAGUCAACUGCUCCCACCUGGAGUUCCACCGCCUGCCUGCCUUUUUGCCAGAUAACACCACCACUUUGGCCAUUAAUGAUAAUUUGAUCAGUGACAUCAAUCCUUUGCGGGACAACCCCCACUACCGCCAUGUAGUGGACAUCCAGUUGGAGAACAAUCGCGUGGCUAAUAUAGAUAACCUCGAGGACACUGACUGGCUUCAGAACUUCCGCCUGCUCAACCUGCGGGGCAACAACCUGAGGAAGCUCCACGUCUAUGCCUUGGACAAUGCCCUCAACGAAAACCAGAACGCCAAUCUUUUGCUGCUCAGCCGGAAUCCCUGGCACUGCACAUGCAAGUUUGGCAGCCGGUUGCGUGAGCUACUGACCAAGUACAAGGAGAUCGUGAGGGAUGCGUGGAAUGUGUCCUGCACCUACAUGCAGGACGACGAUCAGCUCCUGGCCAAGGUCUUGUCCCUCAGCCGGCAGGAGAUGUGCAGCGUCAGUGUGGAGAAUGGAUCGCACAUCCACCCAAUCGAUUGGCUGAACGGAGUACUGGCCAGCCUAAUCCUCCUUAUCCUCGGCAAGCUAGCCUACGAUUACUAUCACUACAAGUAUUACGGCCGUGUUCCUUGGAUUGUGAUGAAAAUGCCUUAGUCCUUAGUCCUUAGAGUCCCAUAGUGCCUUAGUCAAGCUGAGCUCGAAAGUAUUUCUCAAACACAGACCACACUUUUGUCGGUUUAUUUUCGAAAAUCUACAAAUCAACAACGAUCUUCUGCGUCGUAUAUGAAUAUGUAUAUAUAUAAAUAUUGUUUAUGUUUAGGUAUUUAUGUAUAUUUAAGCUAAGUCAACGCAAAACUCUCAAAAUAGUUGGUUGUAUCUAUAGCAUUGCACGUGAGCAAAGAACCUGGCUUAUAUAUCCUUAAAAUCAUGCGUCUCGGCAAGUUCCUUUCCAUUCGACGGUUUUUAGCAUUUUUUUCCUGCAUUUAAAUUGGCACAAAGCGCUUAAUAUUUCAUAAUGAGAAACGGCUAAGAUAAGUUACGAUUGCAUCUGGACAGAACAGAAUCCGAGUGCGGUUUAAGGUAUUUAAAUUAAUCAUCUAAAUGAAUCUAAAAUAGUUCUUUAUCAUAUAUACAAGCAUAAACACCUUUCGACUUCUUUGGUAUGCAAAAUGCAAAAUAAUUAAAAUAAUUGUAUAGUUCACAAGCUUACAAAUUAAACAACAGUGCUGGACAUUGUAAACAAAGCUUAAAA